AUGCAAAAUGUGGUUAGAACACUGCAGACUAGCAGCAAGAUACAAGGGCUACAGGAGGUAGCAUGGGAUUUUAAACAUAGUGAAUUUGAACAUAGCAGAUUUAAGAACAGUGAAUUUAAGCAUUGCAGAUUUAAACAUAGUGAAUUUGAACAAAGCAGAUUUAAACAUAGUGGAUUUAAGCAUAGCAGAUUUAAACAUAGUGAAUUUGAACAUAGCAGAUUUAAAUAUAGUGAAUUUGAACAUAGCAGAUUUAAACAUAGUGAAUUUAAACAUAGCAGAUUUAAACAUAGUGAAUUUAAACAUAGCAGGUUUAAACAUAGUGAAUUUAAACAUAGCAGAUUAAAACAUAGUGAAUUUAAACAUAGUAGAUUUAAACAUAGUGAAUUUUAA